UAACUGGACCGUCAUGUCCUUUACCUGGAUCCGAUUCAACGCAGCCCUUAAAGCACAAGGAAUAGACAGGAAGACAUUUCUUCCUAGUGUCUCAAAGUUCCAGCCCUAUGCAGGCUACUGGGCGUUUUUCUGGGCAUUUAUAUUUCUCUGGGUCCAAGGAUACGCCGUCUUCAUCAACGGCAAUUGGGAGAUAUCAACCUUUAUCUUUAACUAUGGGAUAAUUGCCCUCGCCAGUGUAAUUGGCAUUGGAUGGAAGAUCUUCAAGCGUACAUCUCUCUGCAAGAGCAAGGAUGUGGAUUUAGUGUCUGGGUUGGAAUUCUUCGAUGCUUUGACUGAGCACUAUCAACAAGAGCGCGAUGCUGCACCGGUUACUGUGAAGGAUAGGAUUAUGGCGAAGGUUUUCUAG